CAGAAAUCUUGGAAGACGACUUCCGGUUGGUUGAGAGAAGGUCAGAUGGAUCGGUAGUCAAGCAAGAUGACGGCAAUAUUUGUGUUCUUUGUAGGCCACGGAGCGAAAGCCGCGGUGUCGCGUCCCACUGGCGCCCGCCGCCUCUGAGCUCUGGCCGCUCGCACCCACUCGUUUGGCCGCCUGGCAGCUGUGUUGUAAUGCGAUUGGCAUAACCGCCCGUGUGCGUGUAGCUUUCAACGUGAGUGUACCUGAGCGUGCCCCGAAUGGGCUGAGCCGCAAAAUGACCCUUGACGUGCAGUGAGUUGUGCCGAGAAGUGUGACUCCACGAUGGACCCACCGAUGAACUCGUGUUUUAACAUGGGCGGCCCGCCCAACAUGGACAUGUUCAAUCCUGCGUCGUGCAGCCUGUCCGACCCUGCUGAGUCGGCCCUGCGCGAGUUUCUACUCAACGACACCAAUAUCAACAACGCACUCUCUGUGCAGAACAACGGUGUCUCGGAUAUCAACGAAAUCGCCGACGAGUUCAAAGGAAUGCUGGAAGAGCCACUCUCCCGGGACUGGGUGAGUCCUGGGAAACCUGAGGAUCAAGCGUUGCCCACCACUAGUCCAUUAAUACCACCAAACGCCAGUCCUGCCGUCGCUCCCAACACUCCAAACGCUCCCUCCGCCGAAGAUGCAGCUUCUAAUUACACACAUGUCAAUCAGGUGAUGCCUCCGCAGCAAAUGCUUACCACUGAGAUUGAAGCGCCGCGAGGACGCGGCAGAGGAAGAAAGCGGACCAGGGAACCUGGUGCUGAAUCAGUCAGCCGAGGGCCGCCUAAGAAGCGUGGGCCUAAGCCUGGCAUGAAAGCGGCCCGAAUGGUUGGAGUGCAGUACUGCAGCCAGAUUGCGCCUGAUGCCAAUGGCAUCAAGCUUAAAAUCAAGAAAUUCAAUUCUGUGCCUCAGCCUGCAAAAAUAUCAAAAGAGCUAACAAAACGGAAAAAGAAAAAAUACAAGACAAAGCGCAAAAACUCGGACAGUGACGACGAGUCAAUUUCUGAAAUGAUUGAUGCGGAAGAAGACAGAUCGCAAGCUUGGGGCCGGCGAGAGGGACCGAAGCCAAGCCAGAGUUUCAAUGUGGACGGCCGGACGGAGCAGGGCGAGGCGCAGUCUGACUGGGGCUGCAAACUGCCAGAACAAGUGCUGCUCAGAAUAUUUGAGAUGGUGACCCAGGAGGAGGGCACAUUGCCAUUCCUAGUGAGGGCGGCGCAAGUGUGCAGGCUGUGGCGCAACGUGGCCAUCGCACCGUCACUGUGGAACGUGGUCGACCUCAGCAUCCCUCGCAUCAAAGCCGUGCAUAAGAACGACCAUGUGCUUCGGUGGCUCUGCGAAAAUAGACUCUCAGGCGCUACCGAUUUGAAUAUCAGCGGGUGGAAAGUGUCAAACAUGACAAUGUCUCUGCACCUGGUGGUUGGCUGCUGCGGUGAUAAAUUAGAUGGACUUAGUUUGGCAGGAUGGGGCGGCCUCAAGUCGGACCAUUUGGAACUGCUAGCGCACAGGUGCCCCAAAUUAUCGAGAAUAGACUUGACUAGCAUAAACAUGGAAGUAAAUCCAAACUCAAAGGCAGCUGUGUCACCUGCAGCGCUCUGCUCAUUUACCCAUCAAAUGGGUGCUCGCCUCACGCAACUCUCACUAGCCAACAACACUAUGGCAGGACUUACUCAGAUUCUCCACUCUGUUGCUGAAAACUGUCCAGAACUACAGGUUUUAGACUUGUCUAAUCUGAGAACUGCUGCCAUCACUUCGGCGCAAAUUCCUUUGGAGUUUCUUCAAGAAGGUUGCUCCAAGCUCCGCGUCUUUAGGAUCGCAAAUAGCAACGUUUCUUUAGCCCCUACGUCACUACAAGAGCAAGCUCGUUCUCCUGGAUUCCCUGCCUUAGAGGAGCUGAGUCUGGCCGUGGACAAGAGGGGAGGAAGUCCACAGGUCAGUGACAACUCGAUCGAGAGAAUCCUCAAAACCUCUCAGCACCUGAAACUGCUCGAUGUCAGAGGAUGCACUCGCAUCUCUGACUCGAGUCUAGUUCGCGUCCCUGCAUGGGAUUUGGAGCACCUUUACCUCUCUGGCUGUGAAGUGACCCGUCCACCUGGCAGUGGACUGGAGCUGCUAGCGAGAAAGUGGAGUCAUAGUUUAAUAGUAUUGGACCUUGCCUGGAGUACAGCCACUGAAGCAGUGGACCAGGCAGUGUACGCCCUGGCUGAGAAAGGAGAAGAGUCGCCUCUUAGGAGUCUAAAUCUGCUUGGUUCUUCAAUAAGCUUUGGCCCUGUGAAAGACGUUCUUCUGCGGUGUCCACAGCUGUCCUCACUAAACCUUUCCUCGUGCAGAGGUCUGCCGCGUGGUAUCAAGCGUAACUACGAGGGCAAAGAUUUGGACUUGCUGCGACAGAGUGUUUCCGCCGGCAAGUUUGAUGAGAUGACAGGGGAUGACUCCCCUAACCAGUCUGCUAGUUCGCCGCAUGAUGAAGCUCGAUAGUGAAUCGACCUGAAAAGCUAACAGCGCUAUGUUAUAUGAAGCAAUAACACUCGCGUCUCACCUUUUAUCCUUCUGUAGUUAAUGUGAUUGGAGGAAAAGUGGUUAAAUGAAUCAAAAUUCUAAUUCUUCUUCGACCUCCAGCAGUUCCUAGAUUCAAAUGUGCUCUUUGCUGACUUGACUUAUCGCGUUGCUUGAUGGACAAACUCUUGGCCGAGUGAUCCGUGAAUUUUGUUGCCUAUUUUCUACUGCGUUUCGCAAUUUGAUGAGCGUCUGUGUUUGGACACGUCGCAGUGCAGCCCCCAGUGUUGAGAGAUUGAGAUUUAGAGCAAAUGUUUUUAAAAGUCAAUCAUCUGCGUGCGUGUCAUUUGUACAAAAUGCCAUAUAGAUAUGCUUGUAGGAAGCAAGUUAUGUGUAAUACUCUAAGCGGUUCGGAAGAAUUUUAACACGGAAAUGCAUUUUUGUUGAUAAUUUUUAUAAGCUCAAAGAAGUAUUAAGUGUAAAAUGUCCAGGGAAUGAUCUGGGACAUUUACAGAGCAUUGACGGGAUUAAACUAUGGAAACUUUCCGCUGACGGAUCCAGGCGGGGUGGACAGUCUUGGAAUGUGGAAGCUCCUCCUGGCCGACUCUCCCGGACCUACGUUGUGUUGUGUGCUAGGCGUAACACUAAACUUUAAACAAUAAAUAUUUAAAGUAAUGGAGAUAAUACUAUUUAAAUGAAGAACUUGUUGAUGUUGUUAUGUGAGGGUGAUCAUUACAAUGCUAUUAUGAUUAUUUGUUUUCUAUGCUGUUACGAAAAAUAUGAUUACGCAUUGACCAAGUAACCAAGGGUUUGCUGCUGUUACUCAAUAUCGAGUGUUGUUUUAGUUUUAUAUUAUGAUUUUUAUUUUUUCCAGUAGGAAGUAAGUCUUUUCUAACAAAUGGCCAACGGUCAGGUUAUCACACCUUUUUGUUGAACGAAUUUUCAUCUGGUCUUUUUUUAGUUUUUUUGUGUCUUUGUCCGCUGCCUCUCAACUGAAAUUUAGAAAUUUCUGAAGCAGAAUCGUUAUCUGUUACAUUGGCUUUAAUCCUUUGGAUUUGGUCUUAUUGUCAGAUGUUAGUCUGAGAUUGAUUGGCUUUAAUUACUGUUACUUUUUACCUAGCUGGAUUCCGAAACACCUAGUUCCCCUGUUUUGCCACUCAAAGUAGCACACGCACUGAGAAAUCUUAGCCAGCCCCAGAAAACGCGACUGAUUUUUACUGUAUUUUAGUUUUUGGCUGCAAAUAUGCACAAACGAUGGUUUUCGUCUAAAUUUUUGAAUGGGACACAGUACAAGUUACUUGGUAGCUCGAAUCGUUUAUCAACUAAGGUUUCUCAUAGGCCUAAAGCAGUUAGGUAGUUGUCUAUUUAUUUUUAUUUUGUGCUUGGUUACUUGGGGGUUUUGAAUAGUUCUCGUGUAAAUACAGACAAGGCGUCGCGCCGACGAUUUGUGUGCGCUCUAAUUAAGGAAGGCCUUGGACAUGGACAAUGUUGCGACAGCCCGAUGCAUUAUUGGUGUCUCGGGAUUUUCUGUUGAACCGCGCAAACUGCAAUCUUGUUAACCCUACCGAUGUUUGUUCUGCUGGAUAACAAAACAAUGUGAAUGUUUUCUGUGCUUUAGCAACCACCCCCGUAAUCUUUUAUGUCUCCCAGAAUCAAUACUUGGCCUUUUACUUAGACUGAUCUAUCAAAUAGGUCUUUGUUUUUCUCUUAGACGAAAAAAUAUAUAUUGAACCGCAUGCAGAACUGCUGCGUUUUGCACACACCCUACUUGACAAACCUGCAACCACCGAGGCAUUCACAAAAACAAGGAGAACUGUUGUAUUAUUUAUCGGCCUUCCUUAUAUGAUUCAAAUUUUAGCCGAAAUUGGAGCAACCUCUGCCUGCUUUUAAGUUCUUUAAACAGUGAAACUAACACUUGAAUCAGAUGGGAAAAUGAUUGAAAAGCAAAAUUUGUAUUUUAUCAAGAUAGAUAAUAAAGAUCUUAUUAAUAUAUUGAAAAUAUAAAGCUAUAUAUCACAAAA